AUGCCUCCUCCCGGUGUAUGCUUGAACAUCAUAGAGGCCCGCUACAAGAAGGACGGUUUCGGAAAAUUCACCAAGCCCCAGAAGUUCUUGGGCCAAGACUACGAGCAGUUGAAACAGUACUGCCUCACAAGAGGAGUAAGCUUCAUUGAUGAGACAUUUCUACCUGACAGAAGGUCCAUUGGUCAAGAGAUACUACGCCAUGGCAUACUGAGCCCUUCUGAACUGGCCUGUGUGGAGUGGCGGCGACCAGCAGAAAUUGUUCGUUUUCCAGUCUUAGUACUUGACGGAGUCUCCAGGUUUGAUUUUGGUCAAGGGAAACUAGGAAACUGCUGGUUUCUUGCGUCAAUCGGAGCGCUGACGUUCCAGAAAUCCAUUUUCGAAGAAGUUGUCCCGCUUGAACAAAGAUUUGAUGAGAACUACUGUGGGAUUUUUCACUUCAGGUUCUGGAGAUUUGGGCAGUGGGAGGAUGUGGUCAUUGAUGACAAACUACCAACAAUCAAUGGCAGACUAAUCUUUGUUCAUUCCAAAAACCAAAAUGAGUUCUGGCCUGCUCUCCUGGAGAAAGCCUAUGCUAAGGUUUGUGGUUCCUACUCCGACAUGAUUGCUGGAACUCCUUCAGAGGCUAUGAUGGACUUCACCGGUGGCGUCCACAUUAACAUCGAGCUGUCACAACCGAGUCCAAGCCUGUGGGGGCUGAUCUGCAGAGCUGGCAAAUCAAACACACUGAUGGGCAGUGGUACACCUCCCAGGACAUCUGGUAACGAAAUAUUACCAAAUGGACUGGUUGCAGGCCAUGCAUACACUGUGACAGGUAUCAAAGAGAUGAUGAGUCGAGGAAAAAUCGUAUACCUUGUGCGUUUGUGGAAUCCCUGGGGUAAAGGAGAGUGGAAAGGAGACUGGAGUGAUCGGUCUCCUCUGUGGCAAACUGUGAGUCCUGAAGACCGUGAAAUGUGCCUUUCAGUGGCUGAUGAUGGAGAGUUUUGGAUGACCUUUGAAGAUUUCUGUAAGUUCUACGCAGAUAUUGACAUCUGCGGGCUGUCUCCUGACUUCUUUAAUGAAAGUGACUCUAGUCAGUGGACGACCUCUGUGUAUGAGGGCCGAUGGGUUGCAGGAACCACUGCUGGAGGUUGCCUUAAUUACAGAGACAGUUUCUGGACUAAUCCACAGUGUCGUUUCAAAAUUUGCGGUGGAUACUCAGAGAAAGACGGUGAUAAAAACAUAAUGGUGUCUCUCAUGCAAAAGCCCGAAAAAAGGAACAGACACCUGGCGCAAAACCUCCACAUUGGGUUUUUCAUAUUUGAGUAUAAGACACAGAGAGGGAAGUUUACAGAGGAGUUCUUCAAAUCCCGGGCACCUGUUGCCCAAACUAAAACCUACCUGAAUGCCCGUGAGGUGAUGGAGUUCUUUAUGUUAAAGCAUGGGGAAUACUUGAUUGUGCCAUCCACCUUCAAUCCCAACGAGACAGCCUCCUUUAUCCUGACCAUCCACGCAAAAUCAGAGACCAACUGCUAUGAUAAUUCUGGUGAUCAUAAACAUGAGCUUGAUGAGAAGGUCAAGUAUGAAGAAGUGGAUGCUGAGCAGCUUCAGAGGCUUCUAAAUGAAAACAUCCUAAAAGGAGACCUGAAAUCUGGAGGCUUCAGUAUUGACGCCUGUCGCAGCAUGGUUGCAUUAAUGGAUUCAGGAAUAAGGGUGAGUGACGACAUGCUGAAUCUGAUGGCUCUGCGCUACGGCGCCUCCUCUGGACACAUGACGCUGGAGAGCUUCAUCAGUCUCAUCCUUCGCUUUGACUGCAUGAACAGUAAGUGA